AUGAUAAAGAUUACAUUUCUUUUUCUGGUAUUAUUUCUAUUAAAAACUAAUGGUAGAUUGAUAAGAUAUCAACGACAACGACAUCAUUCUCUAUUACCAUCUGGAAAAUAUCGUAUUUCACCAACAACCGGUAUACGUAUUGCUUUACCUACACCUCAACAACUUAGCUGGCAAGCUCAAGAAUUAGGUGUAUUAAUUCAUUUUAAUAUAGCUACUUAUGUAAAUAAUGAUGGAUGUAUAGAUCAAAUGGUUCCAAAUAUUUCUUUAUUUAAUCCAUAUUUAUUGAAUACAGACAAUUGGGUUCAAACUAUGCUUGAUUUUGGUGCUAAAUAUGCUGUACUUGUUGCAAAACAUGCAUGUGGUUUUCUCAUGGCUCCUUCGAAUGUAAAAUUUCCUUUGAAUCCAUCCGGUGAAAUUAUUUCAUAUAAUUAUACUGUUGAUUAUUCACCAGUGAAAGAUAUAAAUGUUCUUGAUGAUUUUAUCAAAAGUUGUGAAAAAAAACAAAUACGAACUGGAUUUUAUUACACAGUAGUGACCAAUAAUUGGCUUAAUGUUGACAAUGGUUUUGUAAGUUGAUUUUCUUUUUCAACAUCGUUUAAUAUUUUACGGAUCUAAGAAAAUUGAUCGAUGUAAAACAUAGUCCACAAAUUGAUAACAAAAGAAAAGAAACUAUAACAAAAUCUUUCAGCUGCAUGAAGAGUAAAAGAAUAUCAGCUCAUAAAUUAUCUCUAAUCCUUUUAAUUUUUCGUGUGAUAGUCACAUGUCAGAGUAAAGUGCACAUCAAUUAUUUUCCAGAAUAUUUACUUUUUAAAUGGCAAAGAAAGUGAAAAUA